GCGGUGACCAUGGUGACGGAGGCGGGCGCGCGCCCCGAGGUCGGUCACCGCGGCUCGGCCCCUGCGGAGGCCCCGCGGGCACAGGCCGGGCGGCGCGGGGCUGGGCCGUGACCCGACCGCGGCCCCGGCGUCUCGGCCCCGAUGCCGGUUGGGGCUCCGCGGAGCAGAACGGAGGCGGGGGCCGGGCCGCGGGCGGUGGGAGGCGGACGGGCCGGCUCGCCUGCGCGGGCGGAUGCGGCGGCGGCGAUGGACGCCCUGGAGGAAGAGAGCUUCGUGCUGUCUUCAUGGGUGUCGGCUGCCGGCCAGAUGCGCUCUUCCACCUCUGAUGCGGAAUUCGACGCUGUGGUUGGCUACUUAGAGGACAUCAUCAUGGAUGACGAGUUCCAGUUAUUACAGAGAAAUUUCAUGGACAAGUACUACCAGGAAUUUGAAGACACAGAAGAGAAUAAACUCAUCUACACGCCUAUUUUUAAUGAAUAUAUCUCUUUGGUGGAAAAGUACAUUGAAGAACAGCUACUGGAGCGGAUUCCUGGGUUUAACAUGGCGGCCUUCACCACAACCUUACAGCACCACAGAGAUGAGGUGGCCGGGGACAUAUUCGACAUGCUGCUCACCUUUACCGAUUUCCUGGCUUUUAAAGAAAUGUUUCUGGACUACAGAGCAGAAAAAGAAGGCCGGGGCCUGGACUUAAGCAGCGGUCUCGUGGUGACUUCACUGUGCAAAUCAUCCUCUCUGCCAGCUUCCCAGAACAACCUGCGGCACUAGGUCCCCUCCAGCAAUGACAUCGUUCAACAUGAGCCAGUGCACGGGGAGAGACAUCAGCUACAGCUAGAACGGAAGGAUAGAUCUUGGGGAGACCGGCUCUGUUCCACAAUUCUUCAUUAACAUCAAGUAUUGAUGGAGAAAAAAAAAAAUGGCAUGCCCCUCCUGAGACCCGUUUCUUCAGGAAACGCUUGUGUUCUGUCACCUUAGUGCUCCUCCCUCGGUGGCCAUCUCUCUGGGGGCUUGAGUCAGAUCCUCUGGACAAGUCCACGUCCAGCAUUCCACCUGGGGGCUUCCCCCGCACACGUGUGGGGGUGUUGCAUUCGUGGGGUUUCACUGGUUGAGAGCAUUUAUCUAGGGUGUUCCUCAAGCAUCUGCCAGACUUGAAACUUCUGGAGCUCCUAUCACCACGAGUGUUGGCUGUCAGUCACCCGAGAGAGAUGUCCUUUACCUAAAAGCUACAUGUCCAAGUCAACUCCUAGUCUUGCAUCUGCAGUCCCCGUGUCACUGUCUUCCGGUCCCAAUGUAGUCGCCCGUUUCCAGACCUCUUUUAAGCAUUUUUGAAAGAAACUAUUUUUUAUAGAUGAAUACUCAGGCUAACCUAGUGGAUAUAAUCUUGGAAGUUCCACGAUUACCCACUUCAAGAUCAAAGUAUUAUAUGCUUUUUAGUUGUUAGUGCCACAAACGCGGAUGCUCUCUGUUGGGGCCCCGCGAGCGUGUGCUUACGUGUGCUUCCGCUGAAGUAGGUCAAGGUCCCCUUUUCUCAGCAUGUGGGGUGUUUGAACUGUUAGGUCCGCUGUUGGAAUGGAGGGUCUGCAAUGCCUUUCUUCCUGUCGAAAUCUUCCCGCCAGGGCAGUGUUCUGCUGGUUAGCUCAGUUCCCGGUGUGUACCUUAGAUUUUUUUUGAAGUAAAAAUAAGAAUCUACUGACUUCAUGUGGCAGUUCUGGUUUUAAAGGAUGAGCUAUAUAUAGGCUGUGUGUUUUCUGUACUGAUGUGGCGCUUAUUAAAUGCUUUUGUAUCGUUAAGUAAAAUUUGAGGUGUUUUGCAAGAACCAA